GGUCGCCGUUCAUGGACGAGGUUGGUCGAGGCAAAAGGGUCCCCCCCGAGUCGCGUCGAGUUAAAAAAAUAAAAAAACUAUCUUCGUAAUUAACAACGCGGCAACACUGAUCCGCGCAACCACGCGCUGUUGUUAUUGUUGUUAUUAUUAUUGUGAGGCGAUUCUUUAAAGGUUCAUUGGAGCGCGUUUAAAACUUUAAUAAAUAUAAGCAGUGACGUCACGCUCUCAAAACCGUUUAAUUCCGUUGAGUCUUUAACGUCGGCACAGCGCGGAUUAUACAACAUUAUUAAGCGUUUACAAUAGUAACCAGCAGCUAUUUUAUACCCGCAAUACCACCAACAACAGCUAUAAUAAAUCGUUACGUGAAUAUAACAAAUCCUGGAGCAAAAAAAAAACGAAUUGAUAAUAGCGAAUCACUUCACAUUUGAUCAAUGGGGGACCCCAGCCAAUACAUUGAUGAGCAGGGCCAGGUUGGACCCACGGGGCAGUCGGCGCACAUGGACCGUGAUGACCUCGCAAGCGACGCCGUGGCAGGGAUGGUCCCGGGGGGCCCCUACGUGGAGAUGAGCGAAGUGAUUUACGCGCAGUUGCACCAAAUGUCCUACACCUCUAUAGCAAGCGCGCCGACUGGGCAGGGGCAGCAAGAGGGGGUCAGCACUGAAGACGAAUGUUUGGAGGAUACAUUGGUCGCUACACAAGGGCAGCAGGAUCAGCAGCAGGUGUUAGUUACCCCUGCCCAGGACAAUGCGUUUCAGGCCGCAGUGCAGCAGCAGCAGCAGCAAGGCCACAUGGACUUUCACGACCUCAAGGCGAUGCUGGUGAAUGAGCCGCCCUCUGCUCACCAACACCAUCAGCAUCAUCACCACCAGCAGGACCACCAUCUGCUGGUCGUUCACAGUAUGGAGAAGCACCCAGAGAUGCAGGUGCACGAGGUUGAGUCUCCACGGCUGCUGGAUCUCACCACGGUGGGGCCUUUGCCGCGGGACACGGAGGAGGAGGACGAGGAGGAGGAGGAGGGGGGUGGUGGCACCGUGAGAUGCCAGAUGCGACAAGGGGAAAUGGGAGUGAGGGUUCGGCUGGAGGAUCGUUUUGCGGAGAAUAUGAGCAGCAGCAGCAGGGACUUGAUGUGUGAGAAGUUUCUCUCUGCCCAGAGACAGCAAAGGGGUCCGGCCUUGGAGCACAGCAACUUGGUGUCUGGGGCUCAGCACCUGGCUGAGUAUUGCGGGCAGCAGACUCUGGAGCAGCAGCAUCAGCAGCAGCUGCAUUCAGACCCAAUCACUGGGAAGGUCGUUUCAGGGCCCAGCUCCUCGGUCGUGAAGUUUGUGUUCCCCGGUUACAAGCAACAUAAGUGCUUUCCCAGCAGUUCCAAGAUGGUGCCUCCACCUCAAAAUAUACCGACAGAGCGGUUACUGGAGUCUUUGCACAUGAAGUUCAACCAGGGCUUGGAGGCCCCAAUCCACAUGGGUUCGCUGGCACCACCAGUCUUUAGCACAGACAAGCAUCCAUCCACACAGCCCUGGAGGAGCCAAGAAGAGUUGGAGAAGGAACUGCGCAAUGUUUUCAACGAGGCCAAGGUACAGCCCAAGCGGCACCUCGACAGGUCGGAGCGCAAGACCCUGGGUGACAUCGGCAACAAGAUGAGGGGGCAAGCCCCGUCGCAAAGCUCGUAUGCAAGCCCGGCCUCGCCGCCGGAGGGAGGGAACUACAAGCGCGUGCGGCACAACCUCAUGGAGAGAGAUAGGAGGCGACGCAUUCGUAUUUGCUGUGACGAGCUCAACUACCUGGUUCCCUUCUGCAACGUGGAGACGGACAAGGCCACCACCCUGCAGUGGUCAGUCACGUUCCUCAAGUACAUUCAGGAAAAUCAUGGCAAGUACCUCAAGGAGGAGUUUGAAAGCAUGUUCUGCAACAAGGCAGAGCAGUCAAUUAAACCGAAGGAGACGAGCAGGGUGUGAGAAGAAAUGAUGGCGCCACACACAACCCCGUUGACACAUCUCUCUCUCAUCCUGAACAGCUAUAUCUUAACAUUUGGUUCGUCAUUUAAUUUGCAGUUUGUGAAACGUUUGUAUUUUGUCAAGUUUUGUUGGUGAGUUGCACCCAUCGGUGGCAAUGGUCAUGAAUUUGGAUUGUUGAAAUGCCGAAGAAUCCUCGUCAUGAUCCCGCGGAUAUUAAUCGUAUUUUUAGAAGGAAAGUGUGGCGAAUCCAGCUCAUGGAAGAAAUGUGCAAGCUAAACAUGCUCACAAUAGCCCUGCUCAAUAUAUUCUCAAUGAAUAUCCGAAGCUAAAGAUGAUAAUUGUUCACUUCAUGAGCUUUUUAACUGUCGUAUCUACUGUUUGUACAGGUACCAUUUUGUCUGGGUAACUGUUGUGGAAAUAGUGGCAGUAUUGUAAUCGGGUUAUAUUGCACUGACAAUCCAACACUUGGGUGAAACCAGCCUACAAUUGCCAUGUAGAGAAGCAAACUUUAUACUGACGAACAGGCCAUUUGUUACCUUUCCAUUAUCAAUGUGGUGGCUGGAUCAGUCAGCUAUGCUUGUGUAUCUAGACUGAUGAUGCACACAGGGCAGUGAGUUAUUUCACGAUUUCUUGCACUCUACUGCAAAUAUAGUAGUAACCUGUGCUAUACUUGAAGGUUGUGUAAAUAGAGUAUUGUUUUGAACAGCUUUGGCAGGCUUUUGCAGGAGGUAGCAGUUGCACAUUUUUGUUCCGUAAUGUAUUUGAGUUGGGCUUUGUAAAAAAAACGUUUAUGGACCUGAAAACGUAUUUGUUAGUCAGCAUACUUUCAAGGGUUUAAGGAAACCAUAUAUCUUUGGUCCUGUAGAUGUGAUUUUUGUUGCUUGGGCAGUGAACUCGGGGAAAGCCAUUAUUUACAAAAUGCAAUUUCUCGCAUUCUUAUGAUGCUUUGUUGGUAAUUUACUGUUUUAAUAACUUUUGUUAUUGUUUGAAUGGACUUUGCACUUUUAUGUUGGAUUUGAUUUUGUCAAGAAUUUGGAAAAUGUUAAUAUUUAAAUAGCAACUUAAAUGCAAAGCAGCUGGAGUGGCAGCACUGUGUUAGUGCACUGCAUUCUGAACCUGCCAAAGGCACAUCUGUGUCUGUUGUGAAGCUUGUUAAAUAAAGUUGUUUUGUAAUGCAGUGUAGUGCAGUGCCCAGUACAUUCAAUUCUGUAUUUGUGCAAAUAAAUAAUACCUUGAAGUUGUGCACUGACUUUCAGUCCAUAGCCGCACAUGAGGAUGUUGUUCUUAAGAUGCUCACCAAUCAAAACUAGCAGUGUGGGACUUGGGGACAGCCCUGGCCUUAACCUCUCAACCUGAGUGAAACUGCAGUUACUAUUACUUUGAGUUUUUACAGCUGCCUCAACUGGAUGAGAUGUGCUUUAUAAUUAAUGUCAGGCUCCCUUUGCUUCUGUUACUCAUUUUAGUGUCGUCGUCCUGUGUCACAUUACACGUCCUAAUCGUUUAAUUUGUUGCGUUAUGCUCACUUACUUGAGCGGAUCAGUUUGGUUUGGAUUUGAUGGUGAAAAAUGCUUCUGAAUGCAACUGCAGCCCAGUGUUUGAAUUCGUUAUAUUUGUGUGAAUAUGAACAUCUUGAGUCUGUAACCUCUGCAGCAUGCUGGUUCGUAUACAAUGGUUUAUAUGUAAGGUGUGUUUUAUGAUUUUCUUACGCAUGACAUGUACAGUUAUUUAAAUGCAAUAAAUCUAGUUACAAAGUU